CACAGGGAAUCUCUUAAUCUAUGAGGAGGGAAGUCAUUUAUGAGAGGCGCUGGACUUUCAUUCAUGUGACAAUGUCAGCUUGGAUAUUACUGCUCACUGUGGGUGUGUCUGUCCUGGGACUGUCCUGGGGUCAGCGAACUGAACCCAUGUUUGCCUCAGUAACUCAGAAUGUUUUCCCGCCGGACUAUGAGAAUAACCCUACGCAGCUCAACUACGGCGUGGCUGUCACUGACGUGGAUGGAGACGGAGAUCUGGAGAUGUUUGUGACAGGCUACAAUGGCCCAAAUCUGGUGUUGAAGUAUGACAAGUUUAAGAAGAGGCUUGUUAACAUUGCGGUUGACAACCGCAGUUCUCCAUAUUAUGCACUCAGAGAUCGACAGGGCAAUGCCAUCGGAGUGACAGCAUGUGACAUAGAUGGUGAUGGCAGGGAGGAAAUUUACGUCCUUAACACUAAUAACGCCUUCUCAGGGAGAGCAACGUACACUGACAAGCUCUUUAAGUUUCGUAAUGGGCGGUUUGAGGAUCUCCUGAACGAUGACAUAAAUGAACAUAGAGACGUUGCCAAUCGCGUGGCUGGCCGGUCAGUCGCAUGUGUGGACAGAAAGGGAACAGGCCGUUAUUCCAUCUACAUUGCCAAUUAUGCCAGCGGAACUGUAGGUCCACAUGCUCUGAUUGAAAUGGAUGACAGCUCAAGUGACCCUUCCAAGGGAAUCAUUGCACUUUCAAACGUGGCUGAGCAGGCCGGAGUCAACAAGUUCACAGGGGGACGGGGGGUCGUGGUCGGUCCCAUCCUCAGUCAGACCCUACCUGAUAUUUUCUGUGACAAUGAGUACAGCCCUAACUUUCUGUUUCGCAACAACGGAAACGGUACAUUUACAGAUGUGGCAGCACAAGUGGGGGUUGAUGACCCGAUGCAGCAUGGCCGUGGAGUGGCGUUAGCAGAUUUUAAUCGGGAUGGGAAGACUGACAUUGUCUAUGGAAACUGGAAUGGGCCGCAUCGUCUGUUCCUACAACUCAGCAAUAAUCGCAAGCAAAGGUUUAAGGACAUCGCCACACAGAAGUUUUCCAUGCCAUCUCCUGUUCGCACUGUCAUUGCAGCUGACUUUGAUAAUGACAAUGAACUGGAGGUUUUUUUCAACAACAUUGCCUACAGAGGACCAUCAGCCAACAGACUGUUCAGAGUUUCUCGGAGAGAACACGGAGAUCCACAGAUCGAGGAGCUGAACGUCGGGGAGGCCGCCGAACCAGAGGGACGGGGAACCGUCUACGUGGUCUGUGCCAAACCAGAGCCUAUUCCAACCUGGCUUUUGCCGAGAAUCUUCUUGGGAGGGCCCUUUCUCCAGAAUGGGAAAGAUGUGGCCACCAGUGUGGAAGUGUUCUGGCCAGAUGGACGUUCUGUGGCGAGAGCUCUGGAGCCCAGCGAGAUGAACAAAGUGAUGGAGAUCUAUUACCCUGAGAAUGAGGAAGAGGCGACCCAAGUGGUGGAGAUCGAGUGUGGACCAGGAUUUGAGGUCAAUGAAAAUGGCCGUUGCUCUGACCAAGACGAGUGCACACAGUUCCCGUCUGUCUGUCCAUCUGAGCGACCCGUCUGCACCAACACCUACGGGAGCUUCAAGUGCCGUGCAAACAAGAGGUGUAACCAGGGAUACGAGCCUAAUGACGAAGGGACAGCAUGUGUAGCUCAGGUGGCUUAUUUUGGAGGAAACAGAUCCUCAGCCUUCAAGCUCUUGGCUUCCCAUCUUUGGCCUCUCGUACUAACUCUUCUCGCUGUCUUUACUGCUUGCUUGGAGGCAUGA